AGAGAAACAUUGUUUUAAAUUAGCAAGGGGGGAGAGAGCAAACAAACUCGUACUAGCACUACUACUAGAAACUAAACUAAACUUUAGUGUUGGUUAAUAAGCUGAAUUUGGCGACUUCUUGCCAGUUCAGAACCAGUCGAGGACAACAAUUCUUUAUUAGCUCAAUCAAGAUAUAUACGCGUGUACAAAUAAACAAUUUCUUAACCCGUUGGUAAUUCGAAUUGAUUAAGAAAGAAAGGGAACCGGCUCAAAAAUAUGUUUAAAGAGACAUCAUCGUCACAGGGUGAUAUAAGAAAGUUGCAGGAGGAAAUGGUCUAUUUGGUCGAGGGAGAUCAAUUCAGAAUGGAAUUACCAACUGUGCCAACUGGGAAGGAAAUUAAUUUGAGACGUGGCCAGGACACAUUCCAAAGCAUAAAAAUUGCAACUAUUAUAAACAAGACUUUAACAUACAUAGAUGUCCAACUUGAGGGCAGAAUGAGGCUGGAAGAAAACACAAUUAUAAUAUCCAACUUGAAAAAUAACGACAGCAAUUUUUACAAAAUUCAAGUUAAUGGAGAUCGGGCAUCUGAGAAGAAAUACAAUCUGACCGUAUACCCCCGUUAUCCAAUACUUGAAGACCUGCAUGUCGCCCCUGCACAAAACGGCACUGAAACCAAAGAAGAUUUAGAUAAAACCACUGAGAAUCCUGGAAUUGGAAUUGGAAUUGGAAUUGGAAUUGGAAUUGGAAUUGGAAUUGGAAUUGGAUUUGGAAUUGUGUUUACUGUGAUUGCUGGGAUUGUGAUCUGGAAAUAUAAACAUGUCAUUCUGUCCAGAUGCAGAAGAAACAAAAAAGCUGAAACUGAAGAUCCUGAACAAGGUGUUGCUCUUAGACCAACGAACAGCACACAGGAUUCAACAGGGUAGAAUCUUCAGCACUGACCUAGAGUCCACACAUUAUUGCAAAGUAAAGAAGGGAUUUUUUUUAAAUAAAUUUGGAUUCUUCAGUUUUUUUUACCCCCAUUUUCUCCCAAUUUGGAAUAUCCCAUUGUUUUUAUUAAGAGCUUGUUUCGGUGCUGCUGCAACUCCCAUGUGGGCUCGGGAGAGACGAAGACAGACAGACAAGCACACUCAAGCGUCCUCCGAAGCGUGUUCUUUCAGCCAACCUCCUUUUUUACACCGCAAGCCGACAGCGAAGUCAACCAAAGCUAUCGCGCCGUUGGAGGAAACGCACUUCCGCAGACAACUCAGACAACUCACAGGCAGACGCCCAGCCAGCACAGGAGUGGCUAAUGCACAGUGAGACGAGGAUUACCCUGCCAACUCAAACCCUCCCCGUCCGGGCUGCUCUGACAGUCGUGCACCGCCCCCUGGGAACUCUGGCAUAGCCUGGAUUCCAAUAAAAAACGGAAUUUAUAGUGGAACAUUUGAUCAAAUGACUUAAGACUUAAUGUUUACUUCUGUGCAAUAUGGGUCAAUUGGAUCAAACUUCAGGUUCUACAGGAGUGUCAUAUCAAGCUGUAUUUGUUACAAUCUCAGUUAUUUUAAGCUGCUUAGGAUAUCUUUUCAUUUUUAUUUUUUUAAAUAUCUGUUACCUCCCGAUUUUAUCCCAGUUGUUUUUAAGACCGUCUGUCGGUCCCACCACUACUGCUAGGCGAACAACAGGCAGGCAAGCAGGUGUCGGCUAAUUCAAAACUGGAAAUGUAAGCUGCUGUAAAACUGCCAGGAUUUUUUUUUUUUUUAUGUUUUGGUAAUUUUAACUUAAAACUUUUAUAUUCUUAUGACAAUCCCCCCCAUGUCUUCCAAGCAUUAGGGUUAGGCUCCGGUUAAAAUGAUUACGAUGAUAAUGAAGGGAAAGGGAUGUCCAUCAUUCCACAAUUAACAAUGUGAACAAUGUGUAUGCACUCCUCAUUUGCUACUGACCAAUAAUUACCACUGUAUUGUACUGAGACAUAAAUGUAUUGCUGUAUUUAUUUUUAUAUAUAAAAUGUUUUUUAGUAAGUUAUUUGAUAGAGGAAUUAGAUGAAACCCCAGACCACAUAUUUAAAAAGGA